GACUAGCAGAUCACCGAGCGCGCGAUAAAGUUUCUCAGUCACAACUAAUCUAUACAAAAACAUGGAGCUUUUCUGUUUCUACCUGCCGCUUUUUCUUUUCGUCUUGAGCGAACCAGAGUUCAGUCUGUCUGAUGAAGGAGCACGAUGGCAGAAAUAUCUCAUUCAGAUUUCUGAGGCCACCAAAAACUACCAGCCAUGCAGCCAGGAGAACUGCAGCUGCCACAUCAGUGUCCUGAAGGAGGACCUGAAGCCGUUCAGCAACGGCAUCACGAAGGAGCUCAUGAUGGACACUGUGCAGCGUGGUGUGGGCACACAUUACCAGAUCAUCAAACACAAACUAUACAGAGAACCGGAAUGCAUGUUUCCAGCAAGGUGCAGUGGAGUCGAGCAUUUUAUCCUUAACGUGAUUGACAGGUUGCCUAAUAUGGAGAUGAUAAUCAACGUGCGCGACUAUCCUCAGGUGCCUUCAUGGAUUCAGCCCGUACUCCCUGUUCUCUCCUUUAGCAAGACGCCAGAUUAUCGGGACAUCAUGUAUCCUGCCUGGACGUUUUGGGAAGGAGGACCUGCAGUUUGGCCCAUUUACCCCACUGGACUGGGUCGCUGGGAUCUGAUGAGAAAAGAUCUGAAAAAAUCAGCAGAUCAGUGGCCAUGGAAAAAGAAAAACCCCAAAGGUUUCUUCAGAGGCUCCAGGACCAGUCCAGAGAGAGACCCAUUAAUUCUGCUCUCCAGAGAGGAUCAGAGCCUGGUGGAUGCUGAGUACACUAAGAAUCAGGCGUGGAAAUCUGAAAAGGACACUCUGGGUAGACCCCCAGCCACGGAAAUUCCCCUGGUUGACCACUGUGAAUACAAGUACCUCUUUAAUUUCCGAGGCGUAGCGGCCAGCUUUCGCCUCAAGCACCUGUUUCUAUGUGGCUCGCUGGUCUUCCAUGUAGGAGAGGAGUGGCUGGAGUUUUUCUAUCCUCAACUCAAGCCUUGGGUUCACUACAUCCCGGUGAAACAGGACCUCUCUGACCUCAGGGAGCUGCUGCAAUUUGUCAAGGAAAACGACAAAGCUGCAGAGGCCAUUGCGCUAAGGGGCCAGAAGUUUAUCGAGGAUUACCUCCGUAUGGAGGACGUGUCCUGCUACUGGGAGACGCUCCUCACCGAGUACAGCAAGCUGCUCGAGUACAAACCCAAACGCAAAUCCAGCUACAACCAGAUCACCCGCAAACCCGACAGGUCUGAACUUUGACCUGCAGAUGCACAUGAAUGUCUAGUGUCCAGGAAACGAGUUCCUUGUAGUUUCUCCUCGACUUUGGCACUUGUUUCAGAACACACCUGGCAUGUAGAAAGGUGUGUGUGUUGGUGAGUGGGGGGAGGGGGUAAUGACUAGAAAUUUGGCUUAAUUGUCCAACAUGAGGAUGUAGAUUAGAUAAUCAGUUCCGUGGAUUCAGGGUUGAACAUUCAAACCUCUCUCAGUGCUUUACUAACGGCAGCUCUAAUUAUUCUGUACACCUGCAACUUUAACAUUCUCCGUAGUGCUCUUUCUCUCCAUGAUGUCUCAUCCUGCUUCGUCGAUACGAUUCAUUUUAUCGGUGGAGCUUAAAAUUCCUUUCAGACAGGUAUCAUUUCCGCCACGUUCCCGGUGUUACGUUUUAAAACACGGUGCCCGUGUUUUCCAGCACUAACACACGCUGAACUAUGAACGAUAUUAUUAGUACAGGUUGGAAAAGAUUUCUAAACAUCAUCAACAGCACCUUCAAAAUGUAAAAUAACGUGAAAUAAUCCAGGAUACAGUUGAUAAAAAUCCAUUUUUACUGCAGACACAUGCUAAAAUGUCAAGACCAGAUAUCAAGACCAAAUUUCAACAAAGUUCAUUUAGGGUUAAUUUAGUAAAGCAGUCAAAACAAAUUAGAGAACAGUGCAUUAAUUAUUUUUAAAUCCAGCCAUAAUAAUGGUUCAUUUUUAAGUACGGUCACUUCACUUCAAUUGGCAUGCCAGUCCUUCCGAAUUGUCGUGUAAUAUUCAUUUUGGACGUGAAGUAAAUUCUCAUGUCUUGUCCCAUUCCAUGCCCACUGACCUAAAUAUCUUGUUUAGAAAUUCUCUUAUUCAGAAUAUUAUCACUCCAAUCAGAUUUUUGUUUUCCCUUCUCUCUGAAGACAGAUUUAGGAAGCAGUGCAUACUGCCCUCUUCUGGGUGAUGAGUAAAAAAACACAAACACAGUUCAUGAGCAGGUGUAGUUGUGUUAGGGCAGGAAUAUUAUCAAACCGGUCUUAAAACCUUGAUCUUAACCAUCACACCUUGUUGUAUGUGUCCAUGUUACCACCAGCAAAUCGAUCUCACAUGGGUAGUAGUAUAAGUGCCACAAGUAUUAGUGACUCACUUGGGACCUAUAAGUAAAUAUAUUAUCUGCAAUCAACAUGAACGUGCCACUAUUAUGUGAAUGUGAACAUUCUUUUGCCAUUCAUGACAUCCUGAAAAGCAUAUUUACGUUCUUUCAUUUCGAUGGUAUGAUAUAGAGCCACAUUGGCACUACAGUGUUGAAUAUGUUCUAGUAUUCUCCAAGUACAUCAGCAAUAUGUGUUCGUCAAGUAGGUUUACGUUGAGCUCCGUUUGGUUCUAUCGCCAACUGACUGUAAAUGAUGAAAUGAAACAGGAUAUGCAGUUACCCCAUAAUGUGUGUGGAGUUUUAUUUGGAGGUUGUUUUUUUUACAGUCGAAUGUUUUACAUUGUGUGUUCAUCCAUUUGCUUUUGAGGCCAAAUAAAUGAUAUUUCUCAAGAA